AAUCACCCCAGAUUCCUCAAGGGCCCUGGAUGCCAACAAGAACAGUUAUUGAUGUCAUGAGGCACUGAGAUGGAUUAUAAAAAAGCUCUGUUUGCAGAGAGGAGAUAGGAGAGAACCUCAGUUAAGACGAGUAUUUGCAAAAAAGAAGACCACGCUUUCAUUAGCUUCAGGAUGGUUCCAAAAAAGGUGAUAACAAGUCUUCUGCUCCUCUACAUGACAGCCAUCUUGGCCAAAGAGAGUGAAGGGUACCUUGCCUUCUACAGCCGUGAAGAUUUCAGAAGAAUGCAGGAGAAAGAAAAGAAUCAAGCACAGAAGAAAUCGCUUGACACAAGAGAUUUUUUUGAAUUUGCAGAAGAUGAAGGGCAAGUAAUCAAGAUGAUUGCUCCAGUAGAAAUUGGAAUACAUCUGAACUCCAAACAGUUGGAAAAAUACCAAGAUGUCUUGAAGGAGCUCCUGACAGAGAUGUUGUCAGAUACUAAGAAUGGUACUACAGAAAUCUUAAAAUUGGCUUUUCUCUUCCCUUGGAAAUUAUCUAAGUCGUGAGAUUUCAGAAGUACCUUGUGCCUUGUGUCACAUUUUUACAAGGAGCUGUGUGGGUUCUGUGUUUUUCUUUUUAAGAAAUAAAUAUCCCCCUUCCCUACCCCCACAAAUAAUACACCAAUAUACUGAUGUUUGCAUUAGCAUUAAAAAGUAGAAAUAGUAUAGAUCUGUAUCAGUGUUUUGGAAGAUUUUCAGCUAUUAAAAAUCAUAAAUGUUCAGAAACCAACCCACAAGCCCAGAGAACGAACCUUCACCCUCAUAGAGAAUCAUAUGUCUGAUGAAAGACAAUUGUAUUGUCAGUUUUCAUCUUCUGUACUGCAUUUCUAGUUAAUUUUAGGCAACUUUCACUGAAGUUAUAAGAAAAUUUAAAACAUGUGAUUACAAUGGAUUAUGACUUGGUAUCUUCUGCUUCAGAGUAGAUAUUGCACUUUCUCACUAAAAUUGUUACCAAAUUUAGAAGUUAAGUGAACUCUAAGCUUGCAGGUUGCUAUAGAUCAUGUGUACAUUUGAUGAGGAAGUACAAUAAAAUAUGAUUAUCUUUCAAUUCCUGUACAUUGGCAUAAACAUAAAUAUUUAAAAAGCUAAUAUACCAAAAUCCAAAUUGAAGGAAAUUGUGUAAAACCAGGAAUUAGGAAAUACUAGAUGAACAAUUAUAUUAAAAGUCUCUACAGUGUGUUGUAGCAAAAUGUUCCAAGUAAAUCCAUAGCCAGAGCAGGAUUUUCAAAACUGUAAUGAUGGCUUGUUAAUUAAAAAUGUAUAUAUCAUACUGUAUGCAAAGUUAGCAAUAGUCUAAAGAAGGAAAAUUGCAGUCCAUCAUACAUAUGUGAUUCCUACCAUAAUGUCACCUGAUAUCAUGUACUUCUUUGUUUUGCUUUUUUAACUGAAAGAUCAGAAUGAGUCAAGCUAAUGUCUGCACAGUAUUAAUUCACAAUAAUGGCUUUUGGCUGUUUCAUCUCUGUAGCUAACUGAAAUUCUAAGAAUUAGAACACUGGAAGAAUUUCUGCAAAUACACAAGAGUCAAUGUACUGGAAAUGCUAUUGUAAGGCACUGUACUGCAGAAUAACAAUAUGUAUGCAAAUCAAU